AACUGCUGCAGUGGGGUUUUGAGAAGUUGAAGAUGGAAAACAGAAGUGAGAACUUGCAGCAUCCCGCUUGGGAUGAGCAGCAGGUCUGUUCAUUCCUUGUUGGUGCUGUGCAUAAAGCUGUGUGUGCAUCUGCACAGGGGGGGGAGAUGCAGUGGCUCAGCCCUUCCCUGCACCUUCUCUCCAUCAACAUUAGGGGAAAACUUCUCUUCUUUUUUCUCUCUGUCUCCCGUUUCACAUCUUUGAAGUCAGAGUUCUCUUUUAUUUUUCUCCUGUUGUUCCAGGCCGGUUUGUAAUUUCUUGAGCCAAUGUCUAUUUGGUUUUUGUGAUUAAGGAAAAGAAGCCAUUCAGGGCUAUGAAACACUGCUGCUCUUUACAUUUCAUGCUUAUAGUUCUGAUGUUACUGUGGUAUUUCUGAGCCAUCUCUCUCCCCUGUGCUGCCGCCCUUUUUGAAGGGAGAGCUUUUGGCUUGCAUGUUAGCGAGGAAAUGGUGGUACUGCAGAACUGUGACAGCACCAGAAAACCACAAGAAGUGACAGAGCUCAAAAGGUCUGCGCUAUGUAAGCUUACGUUUGUCAUGGGCUAAGCAUCCCAGUGCUCUUCUAAGGAUGCCACUAAAGCCUAUGAAGUCCUUCCCCUGAUCAAUUCUGCAUCUUGGAAUAGGAGCAGCAGAUCACGUCGUUAAUUUGUGAGUACUGACUAAUAUUUGCACAACCUUGUAUAGAACAUAGGUACUUCAGAAGUGAUUGAAGUGAGCAGUAAAGACAUCGUUGUUUUUCAAUAAUCAGCCUGAGUGCCAAACCUGUACAUGUCCAAGGAUCACUUUGAGUACACGCAGCCCGUGCUGCUGCUCUCCUGGCAGUGGGCAGCAGCCUGAGUUGGAAGGCUGAGGGGUGUGGGGAGAGUUAAUGCUUGGAGGAAACACGUGUUGUGCAGGGGAAUAGGGCUCUGCUGUGGGGUGUGCAGUGGUGGGAGGAGGGCUGGAGAGCUGCUCUUCUCAUUGUGCUUCGUUUGCACGUUGGUUCAUGGAAGGCAACAUGAGGAGCGAGGUAGACUUGCUGGCUGCUGUCACUGUUCUGGGAGUCCUGGAGCAAGCCUACUUUGCACUGCAGGUGAUCUACGCCCGGCGGAAGUACAGGAUCUCUCCCCCAGAGACGACGGGUCACCCCGACUUUGAGCGGAUCUUCAGGGCUCAGGCGAACUGCUCCGAGUACUUCCCCAUCUUCCUCUCUGUCCUCUGGGUUGCUGGGAUCUUCUUCCAUCAAGGUGUGGCUGCAGCCUGCGGUGUGCUGUACCUCCAUGCACGCUUCCGCUACUUCCGAGGCUACAUGCAGGCCGCGCAGGGACGGUUGGGGCCACUGUAUGCCAGCGCCCGGCUGCUAUGGCUGCUGCUGGGGCUGGCGGUGGCCGGGCUGCUGGCACACUUCCUGCUGCCCCCGUCCUGCCCGUGGAUGCUGAUGUGGCCCCUCAGGCUGCUCGGUGCCCACUGAGUGAGGCCACGGCUGCCCGGAGCGCUCAGCUCAGCCCCGGUGUGACGGUCAGCCUCCUGUCCCACCGCCCACCUCAUCCCUGCUGGAGCGUCACACGGCGGAGAUGCAAGAAAUAAAUGCCUGUUCUCAAUAGGUAUCAUCUCUCAUUGCCAAAGGGGAUGGGGGACAGAGGGUGAGAAUGUCACAGGCUGAUGGGUCCCAUAGGAAAAGCUGCUGUGAUCAAAGCUUGGAAGUGGGUAUGAGCUUGUGUGAGACCUUAUCCAAACUGAGAGGAGGGGGAGAGGGGGGGGUAAGCCUUACUGUGUCCAAAUGGUAAUACCUGUGCUCGUUUCUGUCUUUAAUCACAAAAUCAUUAAGGGUGGAAAAGGCCCCCUAAGAUCCCCAAGUCCAACCCCAGCCCACCUCCACCAUGCCCAUAACCAUGUCCUUCAGUGCCACAUCUCCAUGGUUCUCAAUUCCCCCAGAGACACUAACCUUCCCCCCCCUCCCCCCCACCUCCCUGGGCAGCUGUGACACUGCAUCACCACUCCAUCAGAGAAGAAACGCUUCCUAUUAUCCAACCUGAACCUCCCCUGGUGCAGUGAUGGUGCCUCAGCCCUUACCUCCCCCACCACGACUCUGUCCUUCCACAAUUCAUAUCUCAGCUUCUCCCACAACCCCAGGUGCUGCUGCAGCCAUUGUUGAGUGGAGAGCUCCUGCAAAUUCACAACACAUUUCCUAAGAACCAUUUCACAAUUGCACAUUGGAGGUGCAGGCACAUUCCUUGCUCCUAACUGAGCAAAGAGCAGAUGAAAGCUUU